GUGCGCAUGCGCAGCCUCGAAAGGAGAGCUGUCGAGGUCGAAUUGUAGAUUUUCUGUAGCUUUGGUCAAAACGGGGCAAAAUGCCUGGAGACCACGACAUGGGAGCUUAUCCGGAGCCUCCCCGGCAGACCCCGGCUGUGGAUAAACAGACUGCGCUGCCGAACCCGGAGCUGAUUCUGUCCAAACUCUUCUAUUACUCCGUGGACCUGCCUGUCACCACAUUUAGAGAUGCUAUUGACAACAUUCGCUCUAGAAACAAGUUGGUCUACUACCACCAGAAGUUCCGUCGUGUUCCGGACCUGACAGACUGCCAGGAGGGAGAUUACGUCUGCUACUAUGAGGCAGAGAUGCAGUGGAGGAGAGACUAUAAAGUGGAUCAGGAGAUCGUGAAGGUGAUCCAGGAGCGUCUGAAGGCCUGCCAGCAGAGAGAGGGAAAUAGCUACCAGCAGAACUGUGCCAAGGAAAUCCAGCAGUUCAACGAGGUGACCAAGAACUACCUGUCGCGCUAUGGAGACCUGGGCGCGUACGCCAACGGGAGGAAAUGUCUAAUGAAGCAAAAAGAACGAAUGAUGGCAGCUCAGGCCCAGAGUGCUUAAAAACAGUUCUCCAUCUGUCCUAUGUAAUAAAUGUAAAAUAAAGUUCAUGUGGUAAA